CGAAUUUUAAAAAGUUCGUUGAAGCGAUCAUGUCCAUUAAAAUUUCCACGAGGUAAGUUCUAUCUUGGUGAUGCUGGUUUUGGCGUGAUGGGUGGCUUGAUUCCACCGUAUAGAGGGGAGAGAUACCAUUUGAAAGAGUAUUCACGUAACCCACCGAAGACUAUGCGUGAGCUAUUUAAUUUGCGACACUCAACGCUCAGAAAUGCUAUUGAGAGAGCAUUUGGGGUCUUAAAAAAGAGAUUUCCGAUUAUGGCUAGCGCAGAUGAACCAAAUUUUGAUGUUAGGACGCACACACGGAUCAUAUUAGCGUGCUGUAUUUUACAUAAUUUUCUUAUGGGCGUCGAUCCCGAUGAAGUUAUACUCAGAGAAGUGGAUGAAGAACUUGCCAACAGAACUGAUGCUGAACAUGAAAACCAAGCAGAUGAUGUUAAUGAAGAAGAUGACGUUGCAAGGGGACAAGUUGUUAGGGAUCGUAUCGGAAAUGCGAUGUGGCGGGAUUACACCACUUAGGUGUUUGUGAAUUGUAUUAAAUUUGUUAGACUUAUUUGAUCUCUAGAAUACAUUAGUUAUUAAAACUCCGAAUUUGUUUUUCAGUUUAUUUGUUUGCCCAUGGCUCUUGUAUGAAUUGCCUCCUUGUUCUACAACACAAGAUUAAAACAGUUUAUAUUAAUAUUGAAUUAUUAUCAAUGUAACCUUGUUUUAGUUUGUUGUGUUGUUUACUGACUUUAUUUGUUUAUAAAUAGAGACAGUGUAAUGCCUCCAAAAAGAAUCCGCACCGAAGGAGUUGAUGCUACUUCAACUGAUGAAAGAACCAAUUGGGCACGUGAUAUGGAUGAAUUCCUACUCGAUUCUCAUCUUAAUCAAACUUGUUUAGGGAAUCGCCCUAAUGGUACUUUCAGUGCUCAUGCUUAUAAUCAGAUUUUGAAUGGAUUGGAAGAAAAAUUUCCAAACAUCACUUGGAAUAAAGAUAAGUUCAAGAAUGGAGUCAAGACUCUAAAGAAGACAUGGCAAAAGGCAUAUGAUUUAUUUAAAAAUGCAUCUCAAAGUGGUUGGGGCUAUAAUGAGAAUACUCACACAUGGGAGGUUGAGCCACAAGUUUGGAAUGAAUUUGUUCAGGCUCAAUGGCAAGGAUAGGGCUAUUGGAGAAGGUGCUGACACUGCCUCUGAAAUCAGAGCAAGAAGAGUUGCAUCUACACAACAAUAUUCUGGCUCAGGUAGUAUGAUCCAUGAUAUUGACGAUAUGACAGAGCAGGAUGAAAUUCAGAUUGAAGGUUUUAGCUCCCCUGGUGCUAAUGAAACCUCUCCAGCUACUGUUGAUGUGGAAUCAGGUACUACUCAUGCUAACUCAAGUGGUGCUAAACGUGACAAAAAAAAGGGGUAAGUCUAAAGUUUAUUACACUAAGGUUUAAAAAACGUGGCAAAAACCUAACUCUCCACCUAGGUUUAAUUUAUUACACUAAGUUUACUUAAAUCUACCUUACCCAAACAGGCCGUUAGUGUAAUAAAUUAAACCUAGGUUUUAAUAAAAAUUAGGUGAACCUAAGUGAACCUAGGUACAUGUAUAAAAUGUUGUUUGGAUAAAAAUUAAGUGAACCUAAGUUAAUGUAAUAUAUUGUUGUUUGGAUGGAUGUGCUCUAUCUCACUAAUGACAUAUAUACCCUUCAUAUGUAUAAGUGCAUGAUGUUAAUGCUUUUUUUCC